AUGACUGUAUACUCUUUUUAUAUCUUCGACAGGCACACCGAGUGCAUAUACAGCAAACGGUGGGCUCAAAGACCCGUAUCUCAAUCCCUCAAGGCAGCCCAACGUCAAUCAGGAGCCAGUGCCAUUAGCAAUGGCGACGUCCCAGGCGUCAACUCGAAAGCUCUAUCGAAUGAAGACGAUGCAAAGUUGAUCUUCGGUGCCAUAUUCUCUCUUCGUCGUAUGGUGCGACAACUAGGCGGUGAAGACGACAGUUUUCUGUCAUAUCGAACUGGAGAGUACAAGUUGCAUUACUUCGAGACGGCGACGAAUCUCAAGUUCGUCAUGCUUACAGAUACACGCAUAGCGAGCAUGCGUACUGUGCUAUACCAAAUCUGGGCAAAUCUCUACGUCGAAUAUGUCGUCAAGAAUCCCAUUUCACCUGUCGAGCACGCUGGUGGCGUUGGAGUUGCAAACGAACUCUUUGAAGGUGCACUGGAAAGUUUCAUUAAUACCGUCUUCCCUCCUUCCUGA